GCCCGCUGAAGCGGCCGGAGCCGCGCCCGCCGCGGCCGGGACGAUGCCGCGCUGGGAGGCGGCCGCGCUGCUCGCCGCGCUCGUCGGCGUCUGCGUCUGGACCGACGACACCGGGAAAGUUAUCUCGGACCGGUACGCGGUGUACUGGAACGGCAGCAACCCCAGGUUUCAGCACGGGGAUUACACAGUGGAAGUGAGCAUCAACGACUACCUGGACAUCUACUGCCCACACUACGAGGAGCCGCUGCCCGAGCGGAUGGAGCGCUACAUCCUCUACAUGGUCAACUACGAGGGGCACGCAUCCUGCGACCGUCAGAGGGGCUUCAAGCGCUGGGAGUGCAACCGGCCCGACUCCCCCAACGGGCCCCUCAAGUUUUCAGAGAAGUUCCAGCUCUUCACCCCCUUCUCAUUGGGCUUUGAGUUCAGACCCGGCCACGAGUACUACUACAUCUCCGCAUCCCCCCCAAACACAGUGGACAGGUCCUGCCUGAAGCUGAAGGUUUAUGUUCGGCCAACAAACGAUUCCCUGUACGAGUCCCCGGAGCCCAUUUUCACCAGCAACAACUCCUGCUGCAGCCUCAGGGUGCCGCGCGCCGUGCUUGUGGUGGUGCCGGUCGUCUGGACACUCCUGGCCUCGUAGCGCUGACACCGACGCGCCGGGGAGCAGCUCCGGGGAGCAUCACCUCCGGCUACCCCCUCCGAGCCACGGCUCCGGUGCCCCGGGACAGUUCCCGGGGAGGGUUGGUGCUGCUGAUCCUGCCACCGAGGGAAGUCCCUGUCACCGCACGGCCACUGCGCCGGGGGAUGGCACCGGGAGCAAAGGGGUAUCCUACGGGAUGGAUCCCGGCUGCACACGCCGACGGCUCCCAUCCCCGUGCUUGCGGCUCGCUCAGCACCGGCUCUGCCUCUUGGAUGUCGCUUUUUGCAUUUCCAGACCAAAUACAGAGGCCUCGUUGUUUGGUUUGGGGGUUUUUUUGUUUUUGUAAAGAAAAAAAGGGGUUUAUUUUUGUUUGCUGGGUUGUUCCAGCCCGGGCUCCCCCGUGUCAGACUGACCCGCACGGGGCCGGGCUCAGCCCCGCACGGAGCCCUGCUUUCACACCGGACACCAAGCAGCACAGUGAUGGUGCCGACGGCUCCAUUGUCACAGACUCCUUCCCAGCCCAGCCACCGCUCCGGCACCAGGAUGUCAUGGUGCCAGCCCCAAGGCGCUUCUCCAGGCAUCCACCUACCAUGGGGACACGGUGAUGAGGGGCCUGGGCGGACACGAGCCCCCACCAAGUGCCUGGUGGGGUGACCCUGUCUCCAUCACUCGCACCAUGCGUGCCACUGCUGUCCCCAUGGGACUCCAGGACGGCUCCGUGAACAGCAAAGCAAGCCGGACAUACUGGAGGGGAGCACCAGGAAUGACCGGCACUGGGAGCACCAGGGAUGGCCACUGGCACCAGGAGCACCGCCAGGCGCUGGGAGCCGGCAGGCUGAGCUUGCCCGGAUGCUGGGAUUGCUCAUGGGGUGUUUGGCUGGAGCUGGGGCUGGAUUCUCCAUCCAGGCAGGGCUGAUCGCACGGAGCAGGUUUUCCUCCUCUGCAUUCUCUUGCUCUGCACCACAUCAACCCCAACACCUUGGGGGUGUGAGAAUGCCCAUGGCGGAGGGGUUCAUUGGCCGUGUGCGGGACCAUCGCGGUGCUCCCCAUGGUCGCCCCUUCAUCCGUGUCCCUGGGGCUGCACUUGGGAAGUUUUUCCUUCUCCUUCUUUGCAUUAAUAAGAACCCAGUGAAACCCCGAUCCGAGGUUGACCCUAGCGGUGGGAGAUCCCCAAGGAGGGGUCCCCUUGGGGCCUGACCCCUCCUCGCCUUAAAUCUGGAGCUGUCCCACCCCGGGGGGGGGGCAUCCUGUGAGAGCCCCCCCAUGCCCUGGGGGGUUGAUGGUCCCUGGGGAUGGUGAUGAUGGGCUCGGACCCGGCCAAAGCCCCCGGCUGAGGGCACCUUUAUGAACGCACCCCAGACCCUUCCGGCGCGGGGGGCUCUGUCCCUGUACAUACAGCGCUGUACUGUGAGCGGUUUUUUUAAUGUAUUGUUGAGAAUGAAUUUUAUGGAAGGGUUUAUCUUAUUUUAUUUUUCUUUUUUAGACUAGGAAGCUGAAAUCUCGCAAUAAGCUCAUCUCGACCAUCCGAAACAUACCAAAAAAAUAAAAUAAAUAAAAAUAAUAAAAAAAAUAAACCCCAAACCCCAACAAUAAACCCUGGCAUCCCCCCAUUCCCUGCCGUUCCCUGCCUCCCGUCCCAGUCCCUGUGUGUGUCCAGACCAAGAUGUGGUUCUUGAAGGCGAGCAAAAGCAUCGUGUUUAUGCAGGGGGUGACGGAGGGCUCCGUCGAGGGGCUGGCAGCACCCACCCGAGCUCGCAAAGGGGAGCAGCAAACCCUGGCCUUUGGUCUGUGUUUUAUAUAUAUAUAGAUUAUAUAUAUAAAUAUCUAUAUCGUGUACAGCGACUGCGGGAGAGCGGCCGAGCGGGUGCUGCGGGCCUGGGGGGGGGGCUUUCGCUGUGGGCCGGGCUGCCCCUCGGGAGCAGCCCAUCGCUGGCGCUGGUUCUGCGUGUUGGUCUCCGUUCUGCCUAGCUUUGUCCUUAGACACGCCGCUUUCGUCCUCGACGUCGUGCUGGUGCUAUCCGGAUCCCCCCGUUUGGAUUCUGUAUUUUUUUAUAAUAAAAUACAAAUAAAUGUCGUGCGAGGCCCUUGCUUUGGA